UUGUCCUCUUCUACUUUAGGCUCUAAGACGCCUACAUACGGCUGUGCUGUUCUCUACGUCAACAAUGAGCGAUGGAAGGGGGUACCCUUUAUUCUCCGUGCUGGCAAAGCCCUCAACAACCGGAAGGCAGAAGUGCGUGUUCAGUUCAAGGACGUCAUUAUUGACAUCUUCGAGGAGGGCGAGGUGCAACGAAACGAGCUGGUCAUCCGCGUUCAGCCCGAUGAAGCUGUGUACAUGAAGAUGAUGACGAAACGACCUGGAAUGAGCUUCAAACCUGAGGAGACGGAACUGGAUCUAACGUACACUAGGCGUUAUCAGCACAUCAAACUCCCCGACGCCUAUGAACGUCUGCUUUUGGACGUAUUUUGCGGUUCUCAGACCAACUUUGUCCGCGCCGACGAGCUUCAGGAGGCAUGGCGGAUUCUGACUCCGGUACUAUCUGAACUGGAGGCCAGCUGCGAUAAACCCUUCGAAUAUGUCUACGGCAGGUGA